AUGCGAGUUCGCCUAGACGCUUUCAGUUUGGAUGGUUUCGAAGGUAGCGAUCUGCAUGGUAAAACAAUUGAUAUUGUCGUAACCGGGCGAUUUGAGGCACUUGUUACAAAGGCGUUCAAGCACUGGUUCGAAUGCGAAGUUAUUGCUAUGGAUAUAUGGAAAAUUCCGAUAUUGAAAAGAUGGAAAUUCUGUAUGUUAACUUCCAGAAUUUUUAGCAAAAUUCUGAUGUUGUCUGUCUGCAAUGCCCUAUGACACCCGAAAGGAAUCUCAUGAUCAAUAAGAAAACUAUCAAGCUGUUUAAAAGAGGCACUAUGUUGAUUAAUACAAGCCGAGGUGCACUCACGGAGCCUAGCGCAUUAGUUGAGGCAAUUGAACAAAGCUUUCUAGGGACGCUUGGUAUGGAUAUGUACGAAGACGAAAAAUAA